UUAUCAGUUCAGAUAAACUAGACGUAGACGUGUGCAUACCAGAAUUGUCUUUUAAUUAAAUUCCAUAAUUGAAAACGCACAAUCCAUAAACUCAGUUAGUUUAGCUCACCAAUACCAUCAUGCAAUGUUUUACUUUAGCCCUCUUUUGUGUUUUGUGCUCUUUUACUUUAGUCUCUAGUAAAUAUAAUUUACAUUACAGGAUUUUGAGAACCGGAGGAGACGGUGACGAUGCCAUUGAUGACAAUGUUAGCGUCGAUGAUGAUGCAGGUGUGAUAUUAAGUGAAGAGAAUGACAGAAACGAAGGAGUCGAUGACGAUGAACUUGAUAGCAAUGAAGGCAAGAAGUUAAGUGCAGCCAAUGAUGAAAACGAUGCAGACAAUGAUGACGAUAAUGUUACCGCAGAUAAUAAUCAAAACGACGCAGUCAGUGAUGAUGAAAAUGGUUCUGCAGGUAAUGAUAAAAACGACGCAGUCGGUGAUGAUGAUAAUGUUACUGCAGGUAAUGAUAACAACGACGCAGUCGGUGACGAUGAAAAUGGUUCUGCAGGUAAUGAUAAAAACGACGCAGUCGGUGAUGAUGAUGAUUCUGCUGUUAAUGACGACGACGCAACAACUAAUAAAAAAAUUGGAGGUGAUGAUGUUACUGCUAUAAAUGAUAGUAAUGAGGGUAACCAGGAAAUCGAAGAUGAUGAGCCUUCAACCUCAUCCACUCAAGGCAAGAAAGUGAAACUUAGCAAUGACGAGAUGGAGGACAUGAAACAAUACGAACUGGAGCUGGAAGCUGGUGAUUUGACGGAGUUCCUUGGCAAUCAUCAUUAUCACGAACCGAGGUAUUAUAAAGACCUGGGCCGUCGGUUUAUCCAUGUCUACCCUUAUAAGGAGAGGAAAGUUAGACAUAGAAAACCGAGUCCUGAGCGAAUCAUACAGUUUCUUAUGUCCUCAGCCAAAAAAGUUCUAAGGAAUAACGAAGAUAGAGAUAUAGUACCAAUAAUGGCACCAGCUGACGUAGUCGUGGCUGUGAUGAGAAACGGUACAAAGAAAUAUUCCUCUAAGCCGAGCGAGCCUACGGAAGAAAUCAUCAGACAGUAUAUGCUGAGGAGUGGCGACUAUUGGGAUGACGUGUGGAAAGAAGAGGUGAAUCCAGACACUAUUCUAAGAACAAAGAAAAGAAAACAUCCAAAACCAACAUUGGAUAUCCAGCCAUUCACAUCGAAGCUUGUCCCGGGUACCAAAUUAUAUGAUCUGCUCGCUAGGAUUGUGAAGAAAUCACCUAAACUCUUGUACUUUAUCAACAAUUAAUAAUAAUGUUUAUUACAUAAUAGUAAAAA